UGCGGACAAACCCGGAACUAACGUUUUUUCAAUUAAAUUAAUUAAUUAAAGCAAUUAUUAAUUAGUUUUAUCACUGGAAUAUAAUUGUAAAUCAUUUGGAAGGUUAUAAUUAAGUUAUUUAUUGAAUAAUAGCUAUUAAUAUAGUAACGUAUAUUAUAUAUCAAUGUUUUGAUUACAAGUUUUUGAGGUUAGGAAAAUGACGUUUUGUUACAAACAGUCACGUCACGUGUGUAGUUCUGAAGUCUAUUGCAGUUUUUUUUACUUAAUUUUAUUUUAAUUGUUAUCUCGUGACAGUGAUAUGAGAAUAAUUUUACAACCUGUCGUUUGUUAUUAAUAAAUGAAUUUCGCAUAAAACGGAGUAAACAACGGCCAUAAUUUUAAUUUUUGUCGCAGUUAAACCGUAUCAUUAAAAUUUGUUUGUUUACAACUGCAUAUUAUUUCUUUUUUCCAAUAAUGCAUAAAGCAAAAUUAGAACCAUGUGUAGAGUUAAAUCUAUCAGAACAGGAAUUAAAAUCUGUCGUGCAAAAGUCAAAAGAUUGGGCAAUCAUGAACGGUGUCAGUAUGAGAUCGAAGGAAUCAUUUAAUUUUAAUCAAGUGCAAAUUGCACCGUUUUUACUGUUACCAUCGACAUUUCCAAAAAGAGAAUUCGAAAAAGCAGUGGAAAUUCAAAUUGUUAUUAAUGAUAUAAUGCACAAUGUUGCUCAUGAUCAUCAAUUUUUAGUCGAUGUCUUGAAAAGUACAAUCGAAGCCGAUGAUUUUACAAGGAAACUGUUCGAAAUUUAUGAAAAAGUUUACGCUGAAGGUUUCAGUCAGGCGAUCAGUCUCGGUUUGUUCAGAUCGGAUUAUAUGCUUCACAGCGAUAGUGAUAAUAAAAUUCAGCAAGUAGAAAUAAAUACUGUAGCUUCAAGUUUUGCAGGCAUGUCGAAUGCAAUCACUGAAUUUCAUAGAUACAUUUUAAAAGAUUUGGGACAUUCCGAUAAACUGAAAAAUAUGCCGGACAAUAAUUCGGUAACAGGAUUUUGUACAGGAUUAGUUUCCGCUUGGUCUUUAUACAAAAAUCAGGAAGCGAAAAUAUUGUUUGUUGUCGAAGACGUUACUUACAAUAUAAGUGAUCAAAGAUUUAUUGAAUUUGGCAUUCAACAUUUAAAUUCAAAUAUUAAAAUUAUCAGAAGAAAUUUAACUGAAUUAGUUACUCAAGCUAAAUUGGGACCACAAAAUGAAUUAAUUGUCGAUGGUUCAAUAAUUUCUGUUGUGUACUAUCGUUCUGGAUAUGGAUUAGAAGCGUAUCCCACGGAAAAAGAAUGGGAUGUGAGAUUAUUAAUUGAACGUUCUCUCGCUAUCAAAUGUCCCUCGAUACAGUAUCAUUUAGCAGGCACCAAAAAGGUUCAACAAGUUUUAUCGCUUCCUGGAGUUGUAGAACGAUUUCUCAGUGAUUCUAAUUUAGUUAAAAAAGUCACUGAUACCUUCACUGGCCUUUAUUCAUUGGACUUUGACGAAAAUGGCGAAAAGGCAAUUGCGAAGGGAAUCAGUGAGCCUAGGAAUUAUGUACUGAAACCACAGCGUGAAGGAGGUGGCAAUAAUAUUUAUGACGAUGAAGUUAGAAUACAAUUGGAAAAAUUCAAAAAUUCCAAAGACCGAUCUGGAUGGAUUUUAAUGGAACGAAUAUUUCCCCCGCUUUUCAAAAAUUAUAUCAUUCGAGCAGAUAGUGAGGAAAUUAUUAAACCGCAAGAAGUUAUUUGCGAACUUGGAAUAUAUGGCGUGAUAAUUGGAAGCAAAAAUGAAAUAAAAGUGAAUGAACAAGUUGGCCAUCUUUUACGCACGAAAUCGUCAUCAUCGAAUGAAGGAGGAAUUGUUGCUGGAGCUGGUGCAAUUGACAGUCCUUAUCUCACAAUUUAAG